AUGGAAACCCGAACGAACGAGCUACUAACAACAGGUCCUAUAGCGACGAUUAAAGAAGAGCCACUUGAUCAAACUGGCGCGAAGCAAGAUAUGCAACAAUCUCAAGUGCAGGGCGUUUGCAUUGAGGAAGAAUGUGAACAACGUAUCGAGUGUACAACCGAAGGCCAAGAAAAUGAAACACGAGCAUUUUUAUCGAAAUGUGUAUUCUGUGGAAAAACAUUUGCUUUCGGCGAUGAUCCGAAACUUUUAGAAUGUUUACAUGCAGCAUGUUCGACAUGUGUUAAUAUGGAAAGUAAUGUGAUUGCUUGUCAAAUAUGUAAUGUCACUACACAAGCAGAGAAUUUAAUUGAAAACCGAUUUUUAUCGAAAUUUAUAGAAGAAGAUAAUAGUCCAGGUACUGAUGAUGAGUCUAAAGAAACAGAAGAAGAGAAAAAAUGUACCAGCUGUCAUGAUAAUGCCAAUGCUACAAGUUGGUGUGUAGAAUGUGAAGAAUUUAUAUGUCAAAACUGUGUUAUGGCACAUCAGAGAUUAAAAAUAACAAAAGAUCAUACAAUUAAACCAAAGGAUGAAGUUGCCAAUGAUAGGGAUAAUGUUAAAAGGAAUAACAAAAAAAUACCUGGCUAUUUAUUUUGUACAAUUCAUUCACAUGAACAAUUAUCUUUAUUUUGUCAAACAUGUGAUAAACUUACUUGUAGAGAUUGUCAGUUAAGUGAACACAGAGAUCAUAAGUACAAAUUUAUUCAUGAAAUUGCUGCUGAAACCCGUGCUUCUGUGUCAACUUUACUUAAAGAAGUGAGUUAUAAACGAGUUUUAUUAAAAAGCGCAAUGAAAGUCAUAGAAGAUAGACAAGUUCUUAUUUUAGAAAAAAAGAAAAAUUUAGUGCAAGACAUAACACAAAUGGUGGUGCAAUUAACAAAUGCAAUUAAUACAAGAGGAAAACAAUUAGUUAUGCGCUUAAAUGAAGUUUGUGAUCAAAAGCAAAAUACAUUAAAUGAAAAAAAAGUUGCUUUAGAUCAAUUAUCAAAGCUUACUGAUCAUUGUAUUCAAUUUGUAACUCAUGCCUUAAAAAAAGGUUCAGAUAUGGAAUUACUUUAUAGCAAAAAAUCUGUUACAAGUCAUUUACAAAGAAUAAAAAGUAGACGGGCUGAUAUUCCAAAUCCAGAAAUACCAGUUAGAAUACAUCUCUCCUUGGAGAAAGUACCAGAUUUGAUAAAAGUGGUUUCGUCUAUUGGAGCAAUAGUAGUGGAUGGUAGAGUAUAUCCUUCAAUAUCUCCAUUGGGUGGAGUAAAUACACCAUCUAUGUCAUAUAAUGAAACACAGACAGAUCAGAAGCAAACAACUAAUUUGUCAAAUGUACAUAUGGAUGGUUCGUCCAUAGCUGCACAAUUACCUGUUGCAACACAACAAUCUAAUAGUAUGCAACAAAAUUCCUAUCAACAAGUGCCUCUUCAUGUAACAUCACAGCAACAGCAACAAACACAGUCGCAAAAUUAUAUGCAACAUUAUCCUAUGAAUAACAUGCCACCUCGGUCAUCACCACAAGCACAUCAACCGCGUGUACCAUACCCAGUUAAUUUUAACAACAGAUUGCAACAACCAAUAAUGAUGCAACAACGUCCUUUGGGAAGUUGCCCUCAACAAGUAACGUCGUCCACGCAUCCUCAUCAACAAGUUCAUAUAGAUCAACUUGGUCAAAACACAAGUUUACGUGGACUUCUUGCACAUAAUCCGCCACCUUUUCGAUCUUCUACGAAUCAUGUGUCGUAUCGAUUACCACCUUAUAGAUAUCCUUCGAACAAUCCUCAACGACCAGUACCACCACCUGCAUAUCAACCAACAAAUACAUCCAUGGUAUCUGGUAUAAGACUUCAACAAUGCAAUCCAACUUCUCCAUCUACGCCACAUAUAAAUUAUCCCAUGCAGCAACCACCUACAGCUCGUUGGCACAUUCCCCAAAAUGUCAAUCCUUGUCUUCCUUUUUAUACUUCCCGUCAUCAAUCGAAUACACCUGCCAUAUCAGUUCCUACUAAUGAUACUUACAAAAUUACAUUAAAAAAUCAACAAUCAAAUGUAAAUCAAAAAUAUAAUACGCAAACGACUACUGCUUCUGAUACUCCACCACAAUUGCAAAGUUCAGUGUCUGUUGGUCAUACAGUUAGUUCGUCAGUACCUAAAACGCCUAGUCCUGUGCCUCCUGGAAAAUCAGAUGAAACUGAAAAAAGUUUAGACAAAUUUUGCCAAAAAUCUUUGAAUGAUUUAAUGCUUACUAUCGCAAAAUUAGAUAGUAAUGGAAUUGUAGUAAUACCAGAAGCUCAACGAAAUCAAUUAGAUUCUGCCCAAGUAGAUAGUUCAACUGAUGAAGGGUUGAAUCCAAUGACUGAGAAUUCAUCAGAUAAUUCAAAAAAUACUGCAGCAUCCAUGACGAAGGAUGACCCUAAUGAAGAUUGGUGUGCAGUUUGCAUGGAUGGAGGAGAUGCAGUAUUAUGUUGUGAUAAAUGCCCAAAAGUCUUCCACUUAUAUUGUCAUAUUCCUAGUUUAAAAUCGUUUCCUGAUGAAAGUGAAACUUGGCAAUGUAUGUUAUGUACAAAUGUACUAGAUUGCUCAGAUGAUCCACCAAGUGAAAAAAGACCAAACGCAAUGAGUGCAAAAGAAUUACGAAUUGCACAAAGAAUUGUAUUAGAACUUUAUUGUCAAUAUGAGCAAAGCUUACCUUUUCGUGAAGUAGUAUCUAGCGAGAUAGUUGACUAUCAUCGUAUCAUAAAAAAACCAAUUGCAUUAGAUGUAAUUAGAGAUAAAUUGAAACUUGAGCAUCCAGACCAUUACACAGAUUUGAGACAAGUAAUGGCAGACAUCAGAUUGAUGUUCAAAAAUGCUUUUACUUAUAAUCCUGUUGAAUCACAAGUGUAUCAAGAAGCACGAAAUUUAGAAGAGUUUUUUGAAAAACUAUUAUUAAAAUGGGCACCAAAUUACGCGUAUGACGAUCCUUUUCUUUCGGCUGACAAGGAUGAAGACGAAGAAGUGUUCCCUCCUAAUAGAAAAUACCGUCGUAUACUUACAGACUAAUUUUUAUUUUUCGUAAUUAAACACGUAAACAAAUAUAUUAUUUUUAAAUUACAUAGGAAAAUUAUAUUUCAAUAUAAUGGACAUUUCUUAGUUAUAUUUAAUAUUGCUUCUUGCGUUUAAUUAAUUGAUAAAAAAGUACAUUGAUAAAUAUCGACGCGCACUAACAAAAUAAUUGAAUAAAUACAUUUAUAAUUGUAGUAUAGAUUUCUUCACAUUUUACGUUAAGUGAAGAGAAUUUCACUUUAUGCUUAAUAUCAUGAGCUUAAUAUUAUAUUCUUGCAUGAAUUUAUAAAUUAAAAAUGAGAAUAUUUUAUCUCAUAGAUUUAGUUCAUAAAAUAUUUGAAUGUUGACUAUCAUUCGUGAAUUUAUCAUAAAUUUAGUUGAAAAAAUUAUCAUUUAACUAUUUCAUUAAUUGAAUCAUUAAAAAAUAAUUACAUUAAUUUUACACUAAAAUAUUUCAGUAAAUAUAUAAGUAUUUUUUUAUGAAGUAUUACGACUUUACACACACACACACACACAC